CUGUCUCUAGGAGAUAGAGUAUCACCUAUUAGGGGGUUGAGAGCUCGAGUAUUACAUACCAGGUACCAAUCUCAGCCCCGCCAAAUGAUUGUCCAGCCAACCGCAGAGCGCUGAUUAUCACUCAACCGGCCUGAGCAGAGCAGAGCGACUACAACUACAACAACUACUAUUUCCUUUUAUACUAUACAACACUACUCGCUACGACUCGACCCGCCAUGCGUCUCGUCAAGAACAAGAUCGAGCUGAACGGCUCCGGCACCGUGACCUUGUGUCCCGAGGAGCCGGAGGACAUGUGGCACGCCUACAACCUCAUCCGCCCGAACGACAUCCUCCGCGCGAGCGCCAUCCGGCGCGUAACCACAACACAAGAAACCGGCUCGACAAGCUCCGCGCGCGUGCAUCUCACGCUCGAGAUCCGAGUCAAGGGCCUGGACUUCGACCCGCAGAGCUCGCAGCUGCACGUCAGCGGGACGAUCAUGAACGAGACAGCGCACACGAAGAUCGGGCAGCACCACACGCUGGAUCUGGAGCUGAAUCGCAAUUUCACGCUGGAGAAGGAGAUGGGGGCGGACGGGGAGGGGGUGGGGUGGGAUAGCAUGGCGGUGGAGAUGUUGAAGGACGCGGUGGAUGAGGGGGGCAAGCGGCGGGCGGAGGCCGUGGCGGUGGUGAUGCAGGAGGGGUUGGCGCAUAUUUGCUUUAUUGGGCAGUUUCAGACGAUCUUGAAGCAGAAGGUUGAGAUGUCGGUUCCUAGGAAGAGGCAUGGUGGGGGGGAUCAUGAUAAGGGCAUGUCAAAGUUCUAUCAGGUCACGCUUGACACGCUGCUGCGCCAGCUCGAGUUCAACACCAGCGCAACAUCACUCACCAGCUCCGAGGCCGUUCGACCCGUUCUCCUGGCAUCGCCGGGGUUCGUGGCCGCGGGGCUCCAGAAAUACAUCCAGUCGGUUGCGGCGACGACUAUGCCGGCGCUCAAGCGUCUCCUUCCGAGCCUGGUGGUCGUACAUUCAGCGUCCGGGUACCUCCACUCCCUAUCGGAAGUGCUGCAGUCACCGGCCGUGAAGGCGACGCUGGCGGACACCAAAUACGCGCGCGAGACUCGGCUGAUGGACGACUUUCUCGAACAGCUCCGCAAGGAAACCAACCGGGCGACGUACGGACCGCGCGAGGUCGAGUCGGCGGUUGAUCAGGGCGCGGUGGGCCGGGGUGGCGGGGUGCUGAUCAUCUCGAACCGACUGUUCAGGUCACAGGACGUGGCGGAGCGUAAACGCUGGGUGUCGCUGGUGGAUCGGGUGCGCGAUGUCGAGGGUGGCGAGGUGCGAGUGCUCAGCUCCGAUCACGAGAGUGGGAGAAGACUCGAUGGGCUGGGCGGCGUGGCUGCCCUGUUGACCUUCCCCAUAUUAGAUGACGAUAUAGAGGAGGAGGAGGAUGAUGACGACCAAUAAUCCCCUCGCUUAGAAGACAACCUGCACACACACACACGCACAUACUUUCCCGAGUACUACCUAUACAUUCCCCUCACCAGGACUAGUACUUGCUGGGUAGUCUUACCGAUGAACGAAUGUACGACGGUCGAUGAUGAUCAUAGGGAAACGCGGAAGCCGAUCAAUCAAACAAGCAAGCAAGUCUGCGUGCAUGCGCGACUUCCCUUCCUUUUCCGGAGAUCGGAGCGAUGUGACGUAUCACAUCCGGGAAGGUAGAAAAGGAAGGGCGAUGCGCUGCAAGCGCUGCUUUUCUUCCUGGCGCUAUCUCCAGGCGUUCUGUUCUCUGAUCUCUC